AUGUAUUCAAAUCCAUCGAGUAUUCCUACACCUGCUUCAUAUGCUCCAACAUCUAUUCAAUUUUCUGAUACCAAUGCAAAUGCUCAACAACAAAAACAACAACAACAACUUCGUUAUAAUUUACUCAAUUUUAAUGUUUCAGCAACAGCUGGAUUAAUGUCUCCGGCACCAGUCUUAGUUUCGUCUAAUAAUAUAAAUAGAAAUGGAAUACAAUCUUCAACUCAAACAUCAUCUCAAACAAAUGAAUCUUUGCAGCCACAAUCAUCAUCGCAGUCGAAUACUAUAUCAUAUUCUACUAUAAGUCAUCCCCGUGUCCAACAAACUCUUAUUGAAAAUCUUUAUAAUAAUGUUAUUCUACGUGAAAAAAAUCCCAAUCAAUUAUAUGAUGCACGAAAAGCUCGAAAACGUUUAUCUGAACCCGUAUUUAUCAAUCAACAACAAACACUUCAACCAAUAAUAAUGAAUCAUCAGCAAGGUAAUGUUCAUCCAACUGUACAACAACAACAACAACAGCAACAAUAUGCUCAAACAAAUCUUAAUCUUCUGCGUGAUUCAAGUACUCAUUCAUUAAAUCGUCGUCGUUCAUUACGUCUUAGUAAAAUACCAAUAAUUCUACAAACAAUACCUCAACAAUCAUCUCAAUCAUUGCAACGUGAAUCACAAAAAUUAUUAGUUGUUCGUCAUGCUGAACGAGUUGAUUCAACAUUUGGUAUUGGUUGGCUUGAUCAAGUCUUUGAUAAAACAACUGGUGCAUAUCGUCGAACAAAUUUAAAUUUACCUAAGACAAUGGUUACAAGAAAAGAUUUGAAAGAUUUUUUAUUUGAUCCUCCAUUAACUGAAUUAGGUUUACAUGAAUGUAAAAUGGUUGGUGAAGAACUUGCUGCACAAGGUGUUGAAAUUCAUCAUGUCUAUGCAUCACCUGCAUUGCGUUGUGUUCAAACAGCUGAUAAAAUUCUUGAAGGUCUUCAAAUACGUGGUAAAAGACCAAUUCGUAUUGAACCAUGUCUUUUUGAAUUUCUUAAAUGGUAUUCUAUUGUACCAGUAAAAUGGCCAUUUCUUGAUUUAGAUGAAUUAACACGAAAUGGAUAUAAUGUUGAUAAAUUUUAUAAACCAUUUCAUCCUAUUGAAAGUCUUAGGAAAGAUGAAGAUGAAUUAAUGUAUUACACAAGAAGUCAUUCUAUUAUAACAUCAAUUUUAAAAAAUCAUGAAAUUGAUGGAGGAAAUUUACUUAUUAUUGGUCAUGCACCGACAAUUGAAGUAUGUACUCGACAAUUGACUGGUGGUCAACCACGUAUUAAUGAUUUGAAAUUUCUUGUUUUACGUGUUCCUUUUCUGUCAAUGCAUUGUAUUGCUAAACAAACUGAUGGUACAUGGAAAGCGACUAAACCACCAAUAUCACCAAUUAAACAUACAGCUGUUGAACCGUUUGAUUGGCGAUUUUUUCGUUAA